AGAAACCGAGAAAGUGUCUACAGAAAGGCCGUGUGUCUCCCUUACUAACAGGGAUUUGCAAUAUUCCCUCAGCUACACCAACCACAAUAGACUUUGAUAAUGACAGUGAUUUAACUGAUAUUGAGUCUGCACAUCUCAGCCAGAGUGAUUUGCCACCCAAGAAACAAAAAGUACCACGUCCUCAAACUCAACCCAAACCACCAAAUAGAUCUAAUGUGUCUUUCCCGGAUCCUCCGACAAAAUUUUAUGAUCUACAGGCCAAGACGGCUGAGGUUGAAGAAAGUCAACAUGGAGGCUUUUCCCCAAUAAGCUCAGCAACAGAAGUUCGCUGUCCACAACACUUAGAUGCGAUCUGCCCAACACCUGAACUAUUUAAUACACAGUUAAAUUUGGAUAUUCAAAUAACCCCUACACAGCUACCAACAUCCCCACAUUCACCACAGCAAAGACAAACUACUUUAAGCCCGUUCACUAUACGAAUGAGACAAACGCAAACAACCACAUCACAUGCGCUACUGACAGGUACACCCAGAGUGGAGUUACAGCAACAAACCUUCAGGGGUGAACACCUACAACCGAGAACCCCAGAUGUGUCUCACAGCCUUCGACAUGCAUUAAGACGUGAGCUAACAUACGUAACCGGAUCGGAGAGAAGGCAACAUGGUUCAUCACCAAUUGCCUCAGCUUUGAAUAGAAGUGACACUCGCAUUCGUGAACAUUUUGAUGAAGGUGGUAUGAUUGAUAAAUCACCGGGUAUCACCAGCCGAACUUGGAGACAUGACGUAACACACUAUGGAAAACGGCAAGUAUCAGAGAGGAGACAUGGGGUCUCACAUGUGGCUUCAGUCUCACAGACUCGAGAAGACGAAACCCUCAAUGAUAAGCCGCACGUAUCACAGAGGAGACAACAUAAAGUCUCACAAGUAGCCUCAGCUUCACACACUCGAGACGACGAAACCCUCUAUGAUAAACUACAAGUAUCAGAGAGGAGACAACAUGAGGUCUCACAAGUAGCCUCAGCUUCACACACUCGAGAUGAUGAAGCCAUCUAUGAUAAACUACACGUAUCAGAGAGGAGACAACAUGAGGUCUCACAUGUGGCCUCAGCUUCACACACUCGAGUUUUGUCUCCUGUAACUGAAGACAGUUUGUCCCAUUCCCGUGAGACACCUCAGGGUCCACUUGGGAGAGCACACAGAAGUGAUGGCGACAGUGGCACCAGAGCCUCAAAAAGUGCAUACCCCCUCUCAACUGAAAAAUUCCAAAGGAAACUUUUUGGAUUAAUUUAUGAGCUGAAAGAUGACAUCAAAAGAUUAACUGCCAUUGUUGACCCUGGAAAGUCAUCUUCAUCAAUGAAAUAAAUAGAGUCAGAAGUAGAACUUCAGUUGUUUGAAGAAUCAUUAAAUGAUGAGACAAAGUGGCUCUACAUACAGCAGCUGUUCAGGGUUGGAGGAUGUUCAGUGAGAGACUGUGUGAACAAACUCUUAAACAAAUGUCACAGUACAACACCUGUAAAAAACACAACCUAGGAAGCGUGGAGGGUGAAGUGAAUACAACGAAACCAAUAAAGCAAGAAAUACUGAUGUGGCAGAACAAGGCAGAAGUGUUACAAAAUAAAGUUAAUAAGCUGGAAGCCUUGAACAGUGAACUUCGCCAGCCAGUAGUGGAGCUUUCAAUGCAGCAGCAAAAUGAUCUGAUUCCUGGUACAUCAGUUGGACGUGAAGAAUCCAGUGCUGUUGACCUAUUUAGUGUUGAGAACGCAUCAACGGAUGUAGAGUCAUCAGUGACAGACGAAUCCUGUGAUGACACCUCUUCCAGUUCCAGUUCAGAAGAGACUCAGAGAAGAAAAACUAAAGCAAGAAACAGAGAAAGAACAAGAAGGACAAGAAGAAUAAAUAUGACAAGAUAAACGAGGUCCAGUUUUAAU